ACCUGUUUCUUCUAGCUCCAUUCACAGUUUCUACAGGAACCCCUCGAAUUUCUCCAUUUAACUCCUGAAAUCUAAACUUAACACAAACUGCUGGAUUGUUUUUGGGGUUUGCUGUUAAUCCUGUGGAGACAGGAGUGUUCAGAGGGCUGUCUAUCAGCUCCAUCAGGACAUCCAGCUGCUCUGCAUACCUCCCAUCACCUCCGCUGCUUCCAUCACAGCCAUCACUCUGGUUCCCAGCUGGAUGGGACGCUGCUGCUGCUGCUGUGGAAGUUAGAAGGUUAGACUUGCGAGGUGCUAGAUGUCCAUGCUCUGAAAGCAGAAUGAUCAGACGUUGCUGUCCAGUCAUUCUGCUCCAACUGUUAAGCAUUUUUGCACAGACAAGAGCUAUUACUCAGGAUAUUUUGUAUCCAUAUGGACUGGGUCAUAGGGAUCUUGAAACUCCGAAGAUGGAUGAUGGGAGUUCAGCUGAAAUUCCUUUGCUCAUCCCCUUCAUUUUCUUCAAUGUGCCCUACCGUUCCAUCUAUGUCAACAACAACGGUGUGAUCUCCUUCAGCGUGCAGGUUAGCCAGUUCACACCUGAGGCUUUCCCUCUGAGUGACAGCAGAUCUUUCAUUGCUCCACUUUGGGCAGAUGUGCACAACGGCAUCCGUGGAGAUGUCUACUACAGAGAGACAACUGAUCUUGAACUCCUGGAAAGAGCAACACAAGAUGUCCGAAAGCACUUCAAAAACAUGCCCAGCUUUACAGCCACGUGGGUCUUUUUGGCAACAUGGCACCAGGUUACCUUCUACGGAGGGAGCCAAACAACCCCGGUGAACACUUUCCAGACUGUACUCAUCUCAGAUGGAGUGGCAUUCUUCAGUAUGUUCAACUAUGGAGAAAUUACAUGGAGCACAGGAACAGCCAGUGGAGGAGAUCCCUUGACGGGACUCGGGGGAACAACUGCUCAGGCAGGUUUUAAUGGCGGAGAUAUUGGUCACUUCUUCAACCUGCCGGGAUCCCGGUCAAAUGAUGUGGUAAAUAUUGAACAGACAACCAACGUAAACAUUCCUGGACGCUGGUUUUUCCGGGUUGACACCGAGCUGAUAGAUCCUGCCAACGGCUGCAGCUACAAUGGACGGUAUUACAGACGAGGGGAGAUCUUCUGGAUAUCUGACCAGUGCUCCCAGCGGUGCCGAUGUCUUGAUAUAAAUAACGAGGUCCAAUGCCUAGAGGCUCCAUGUGGGCAGUUUGAGAACUGCGAGCAGCAGGAGGGGGCCUUUUAUUGCCAGCCCACGCGCACCAGCACCUGCGUGGUAUUUGGCGACCCACACUAUCACACCUUUGAUGGCUUCCUAUAUCACUUCCAAGGCACCUGCUCCUACCUGCUUGCUCGGCCCUGCUGGGAGAUGGUAGGACUGCCCUUCUUCAGCGUAGAGGCCAAAAAUGAGAACCGCGGGGUUGCCACAGUGUCCUGGUUAAGAGAUGUGACAGUGGAGGUCUACGGUCAUAGAGUCAUGAUACCUAAAGGCAGUUUGGGAAGUGUCCAGGUGGACGGCUUGAUGAAGACAUUACCAGUCCAACUCGAGCUUGGUGCAGUCAAGGUGUACCAGUCUGGAGUUGCUGUAGCUUUAGAAACAGACUUUGGACUCCUGGUAACCUAUGAUGGCCAGCACUACGCCUCCAUCUCAUUACCAAGCUCGUACUUCAACAACACCUGCGGUCUUUGUGGAAACUAUAAUGAUGACCCUGCAGAUGAUCCCGUGCUUCCUGAUGGCUCUCUUGCAGAGAGCGUGGUGGAGUUGGGAGGCAGCUGGCGAGCAGAAGACACAGACUGGAGAUGCACUGAUGGUUGUGCUCAGAACUGCAGCAUUUGUGAUACUGUGACAGAAGCCAUGUACUUUCGCUCAGACUACUGUGGGCUAAUAAACAAAACUGAUGGACCUUUUCGAGACUGCAGAGCUGUAGUGGACCCUACAGCCUUUGUAUAUAGUUGUGUGUACGAUAUGUGCAGCAACAAGGAGAACAUCACCACACUGUGCUAUGCCAUUCAGGCCUAUGCUUUAGCCUGUCAGGCCCUUGGUGUCACAAUACGACCCUGGAGAACUCGCACCUUCUGUGCAAUGCAAUGUGCGGAGUUCAGCCAUUACGAAGUGUGCACAAGCGCCUGUCCAGCAUCCUGCUCGGACCUCACUGCUCCCCUGUACUGUGCUCAUCCUUGCACUGAGGGCUGCCAGUGCGAACCUGGCUACGUCCUGAGUGGCAGUCAUUGUGUGCAACAAGAAGACUGUGGCUGUGAGCACAACAACCUCUAUUACCCCCUCAAUCACACGUUCUGGGCUGGCCCCAGCGGGGAGGAAGGCGACUGUACCCUCCGCUGCACAUGCGGGUUUGCGGGGGAAGUCUCCUGUUUCAAUGAGUCCUGUAAGGAGGGCGAAGUGUGUGUGGCCGAGCUGGGCUUGAUGGGCUGUUACCCUCAGAGGGAGGGAGUGUGCUCGGUCACCCAGAACUCAGUGACAUCUACCUUUGAUAGCACCUUCCUCCUGUUUCCGGAUGACAGCUCCUACUACCUGCUGAAGUUGUGUGGUCCGGUACCGGCUAAUGGGUCAGUGGUGGAGGUGAAGAUUGGCAGGCGGCUCAUAAACAAAGGUCCCACUUGGAAGAGACCUGUGAUUGUAACUGUAGCUAACCUUGAGGCACAGAUGGGAGGUACAGAUUUUGAUACAGUGAAGGUGAAUGGUGAACCAAUUGUUCUCCCAUUUGUCCAUCCAAUGGAGACAAUGAUGAUCUACAAGGCACCAGGAAAUGCGACCGUGGUGGAGUCCAGAGGUCUGCUCCGCGUCCAUUACACCCGCCAGGGAUUCCUUAACAUCUCUCUCUCCACCAUCUUCUACAACGUUACAUGUGGCUUAUGUGGCGUCUUCAACAGCAACGCCACGGAUGACCUGCGCCUGCCCAACGGUCGCCUUGCAGAAAAUACUGAACAGUUCACAGAAGGCUGGAAAUCGAUUGCAGAUGACCUUACCUGCAAUGGGGACUGCGACGACCUGUAUCGUAUGUGCACAGACCUGCGUCUUUACCAGAGUCCUUGGAUGUGUGGAAACAUCAAUGACCCAGGAAAUAGCUCCUUUCUGGCGUGCCACUCUGUUGUCAAUCCUUCACCGUUCUUCAGGAACUGCUUGUACAACAUGUGCGUAAGGGAAGGAAACCGCUCAGCCCUUUGCUCCUCUCUCCAGGCUUAUGCCUCAGCCUGUCAGGAUGCCCAAGUGGGCCUUGCUUCCUGGAGGAGUGCGACCAACUGUCCUCUCCCUUGUCCAGAGAACAGUCAUUUCGACGAAUGCACGACCGCCUGCCCUUUGACCUGCUCCAACCUAGACGAGGGCCCCGAGGACCCGUGCCCUCUGCCGUGUCAGGAGGGCUGCCAAUGUGAAGACGGCUUUGCACUGCAGGAUGGCCUGUGCGUGGCGCGGAGCGAUUGUGGCUGCAUGUACCACGGUCACCAGGUGGCCACCAACCAGACUUUCUGGACAGACUGGGAAUGCCAGGAGCGCUGUUACUGCAACGGCUCUGACAACAGUGUAUACUGUCAGCUCACCCCCUGUCAUCCUGAGGAGUACUGCCAGGAGAACGAUAGCCUGUACUUCUGCCAGCAACGCACCGAAGCCUUGUGUGUGGCUGCCGGUUACGGCCAUUUUCUGUCAUUUACGGGCACGCCGUUUGAGCUUCAGAGCUCCUGUACUCUUAAGAUGGCCACCACCAUUUGUAGGCGCAGAGAGCCAGCAGGGACAAGUGGAGUUUUCCCUCGGUUUAAACUGGCAGUUCGUAAUGAGGAACGAGACACUGGGCAGGCAAUCUGGGCGAGGGGCUUUGUGCUGGAGGUUUACGAGUAUGAAAUAGAAGUUUCUCGAAGCUACAAAAACACUGUAACUGUCAAUAAGGAGCGUCUGUACCUUCCCCUGAAGCUGGGUCCAGGAAAGGUCAACAUGUCCUCCUUGGGGAUGCUGCUUAUUCUGGAGACGGACUUCGGCCUGAAAGUGUCGUAUGACUGGAACACGCUCCUUCUGCUGACGCUACCCCGAGACCUUUACAACACUUCCUGUGGCCUCUGCCAGGGCAUGCCCUUAUCCCCACCCACCCUAACCACCACAGACUGGGGCAUGACCUGGGCAGAGAGGGACACUUUCUGCCAGGUGGGCUGUGGUGACUCCUGUCCACGCUGUGGGCUCGGAGACAAGAGCAUGCUGAACACUGCUCCACUCAUUGUGGCCGACUCCAGCAUGGACAAUGACAACGAAGAGGAGCCAAAUGGAGUCGCCACUGGCAUACGCUUCCACGUUGGAGACGGACUCUACGUCUUUGUGGAGCCCGAGGCCGUGAGGCUGUGUGGGCUGAUUGUUGACCGUGGGGGUGUGUUUGCACGCUGUCACAGCAAGGUGGUGCCAGCGUUCUUUUAUCAGAGCUGCUUGCAGGACACUUGUUUGGAUCAAGGAGCUCAGGAUACGAUCUGUAACUGGCUACAGGUCUAUGCCAGCACCUGUCAGACCCAGGGAGUGCCUGUAACCGGCUGGAGGAGUGACACGCCGUGUGUCCAGAGCUGUCCUCCAAACAGCCAUUACUCCAGCUGCAUGACGGUGUGCCCGCCCCAGUGCGCCCCGGCCCGCGGUCAGAGGGACUGCAACCAGGACUGCGUGGAGGGCUGCCAGUGUGACCUGGGCUAUGUGCUCAAUGGCAAGAGCUGCAUCCUGUCCCAAAAUUGUGGCUGCUACACUGAUGGAAAAUACUACGAGCCCAAGCAGCUGUUCUGGAACAGUGACUGCACCAAACGCUGCCAGUGCAUCGGACGAAACCUGAUCCAGUGCGACCCGAGGCGCUGUAAGGCGGAGGAAGAGUGCACUCUGCGAUUCGGGGUCCGAGGCUGCUUUGCACGCCGCUCUCAGCACUGCGUGGCAUCAGGUGGGGGAGUCUUCAGGACGUUUGACGGGGCAUCACUGCGUCUCCCGGCCUCCUGCUCCUUCGUUCUGUCCACAAACUGCCGCAAGCUGCCUGACCUCUCCUUCCAGCUCAUCGCUAACUUUGACAAAUGGAGCACGCCCAACCUCACCACCAUAUCUCAUGUCUACCUUUACAUAAACGAGGAGAAUAUACUCAUCUCUGGCAGCACUGUCAAGGUCAAUGGUACACCCGUGUCAGUCCCAUUUCUAACUGGCCUGAUGACGCGUCUUUCCACAUCUGAAGGCUUCAUUGUCAUCGACACACCGCAGGACAUUCAGGUGCGGUACAACCGCUUCAACACUCUCAGCAUCACAAUGGGCCAGAGACUUCAGAACAAGGUGUGUGGCCUGUGUGGAAACUUCAACGGAGACCCCAAUGAUGACUACAUCACCUCCAGGGGUAAACCAGCUGUCAAUGCCCUGGAGUUGGCCCAGAGCUGGAAGACCAACGGCAUGCAGAACAGUUGUGACGAGACACAGUACGUGGCUUUAGCCCAGUCCUGCGACAACACCGCUGUCCUGGCACUGCAGGGCGAAAAUGCCUGUCAGAAACUGACCCAGCUAAAGGGCUUCUUCCAGCCGUGCCACGGCCUGCUGGAUCCUCAACCCUUCUACCAGUCCUGCUACCUGGACGGCUGCUACAACCACCGCAAGGCUCAGGUCUGUGGUUCACUGGCAGCCUACGCCGAGGCAUGCCGCUCCUUAGGUACCCUCACCACCAAGUGGAUCACCCAGGAGAACUGCUCAGAAUGGAUUUAUGACCCCUGCGCAGGAGAGAUCUGCACAAACUUCACAUGUGAGCUGGAAAACGGAGGCGACCUGUGCGGCUGUCCUGAGUUACCCACCAAUCCUGCAGGUGAUGAUGACAUCAUCCAAGCAGAAGUGAACUGUAAGCAUGCUCAGAUGGAGGUUUCCAUCUCCAAGUGCAAGCUCUUCCAGCUCGGCUUCGAACGUGAAGACGUGAGGAUCAACGACGAGCGCUGCGCCGGCAUCGAGGGAGAAGAUUUUAUCUCCUUCCACAUCAACAACACUAAAGGACACUGCGGCUCCAUCGUACAGUCUAACGGCACACACAUCAUGUAUAAGAACACCGUUUGGAUAGAGAGCGUGAACAACACCGGCAAUGUCAUCACCAGAGACAAGACCAUCAACGUGGAGUUUUCCUGCGCUUACGAGCUGGACCUGAAGAUCUCUCUGGAGACCGUCCUAAAGCCCAUGCUCAGUGUGAUCAACCUCACCCUUCCGACUCAGGAGGGAAACUUCAUCACCAAGAUGGCUCUGUACAAGAACUCCUCGUACCGCCACCCGUACAGGGAGGGGGAGGUGGUGCUCAGCACUCGGGACAUCCUGUUUGUGGGCGUCUUUGUGGAGGGGGCGGAUGUAAACCAGCUCAUACUCAUCGUGAACAUGUGCUGGGCCACACCGUCACGCUACAGUAGCGACAGACUCCGUUAUAUCAUCAUAGAGAGGGGGUGCCCAAACACAAAGGACAACACCAUAGGGAUGGCGGAGAAUGGUGUGUCCCUCACCUGCCGCUUCCACGUCACCGUCUUCAAGUUCAUUGGGGACUACGAUGAGGUCCACCUGCACUGUGAUGUUUCGCUGUGUGAUUCAGACACAAACGCCUGCAAAGUGAACUGUCCACACAAGAGGAGAAUGUACUCAGAAGACAGUGACCAUAAGGAGCACAUACUGACAGUGGGACCCAUCAGAAGGAGAGAGUCAGACUGGUGCGAGGAAGACAACGGCAGCUGUGAGCAAAUCUGCACCAGUAAGAGCACUGGGCCCAUCUGCAGCUGUGUGACCGGGAUGCUUCAACCUGAUGGGAAGAGCUGCCGCACCCUGAGCUCAUCUUGUAAGGUCACCCCUGCUCCUCCUCUGCUGAGCGCCAGCGCGGUCAUCUCCAUCAUCCUGACCCACUUUAACUCGUUAAUCUUCUCCUAAACGAAGCAACCAAAUAACAAACAUCAAACACAGAAAAGACUUGAAAACUAGACGGAAAUUUGAAAACGUAUAAAUGUUUGAAUGCACAUGUGAAUUUAGUUCUUGAAUGUCUUUGUAGAAAACUGUGUUGAGCUUCGUUUUUAGCCCUUCUGUUAUUUAGAUACAUCGGGAUCUCUAAUUUAAAGCUACUGCGUAGAGUUUUUUAUGUUUUUAUAAAGUUUUCAAUUGUGUCUGAUUGUUUUCUUUUUUUAUGGAAAUAUUAUUGUUAAUAAUAAGGACCACCAGAUGGCGCCAAAGAAACUCGAAAAUGAAAAGUUUGAGGUGGAUUGAACGUAGACGUUAGGGAGAGAUUGUGAUUAAACUAUUACAAAGUACAUUUCUUGGUGAACUUAGACAUGAUUGGAGAGUUUCAUAGUCAGAACUGAAACAUUCAAUCACACAUGAGGCUGGAACUGGUCCAAUGAAUGUUACUUCUGGCACAUCAUUCAAGGAGCUAAAACAAUAUUCAUUAAACUGAGUCACAGAAGAGUAAAUUGAUGUUUUCUUGUAAAAUGUUUUUCAGUUUAUAAUUUUUUACAUUGUUUCUCAUUCCAUCAGCUAAUUUGUGAUAAUCUUCUAGCAGUAUCUCCAACCUGAGGUUCUGCUGAAUGAUGGGACACAUCAUGGUGAUCUCAUCACCACAAUGUUCAUUAAAAUCUGUUCUCUCAAUGUAAGAAACCAUAGGUAGCCAUCUGUUGCUUAAGGGUAAUUAAUUUGUGCACACAUAUUCAUACCCAGAAGUCAUCUGUUUAAGAACAAGCUACAGGUUGUUGUUUGGAUGCAAGUUAUUCCAACCUAUCAUUAAACCACAAAGAUCACCUCCCAGCAGCACCAGAAACUGAAGUUAUUUGCUGUUUAAGUGUUAGAGCCGUCUGAUGCUCCUAUAACUCCUCUGGUGUUGUGUUUACUUCUGUCUCCCAUGUUACUCUAACCCCAGAAAAUAAAUAAUCUUAAUUCGUGCUACGGGGCCCAAACGUCCCAAGAACAUAUAACCCUCACCAUGACUCCACCACCACCAGCCUGAACCUUUGCUAUUAGGUAGGAUAGAUCCAAAGUUUCAUGUUAAUUACUGCAAAUUCUGACCUGACCAACUGAGUGCUGCAGCUGAAAAUGAGACUCACCGGGCCAGGCAGCGUUUCUUCAACCUGUUCUGGUCCAGUUCUGGUGAGUCUGUGUGAUUUGUAGCCUCAGUUUCCUGUUCUUGGCUGACAGGGCCAGGUGUGGUCUUCUGCUGCUGUAGCCCAUCUGCUUCAAUCUUGCAGGAGUUCAGAGAUCAUUCAGAGAUGGUGUUCUGCAUAUGUUGGUUAUAAAGAGUAGCUAACUGAGCUACUGCUGCUAUGCUAUCACCUCGAACCAGAGUUCCCAUUCUCCUCUGACAUCAACCAGGCUGCUUCAUCCACACAGCUGCAACUCCAGAGGUUUUCUCUCUUUUCUCUGUAAAUCUGACAGAUGCAUAUGGGUGAAAAUCCCAGGUUCUGAAAUACUUGUUCAGAGUAACUUAAAUCUCCUUUCUUCCUCAUUUCGAUGUUCAGUUUAAACUUCAACAAGUCAUUUUCAACAUGUCUGGAAGUCUAAAUGCUUCAGUUGCUGCCAUCUGAUUGGCUCAUUUGCUCAACAAAGUGACCAGUGAAUGUACAUUAAUGUUUUUAACUGAGAGAACAAUAUUGUUUGGUUGUUCAUGUAAUUUUAAUUUCUAAAACAACAAAACUACUUAAACCAGAGCCUAGUUGAGUUGAGUUACGUUGUUCAGUCCUCUGAAACCUGUAGAACCUGUAGAAUGAUGAACAUGGCCAACAUGAGCAACACGUUAGUCUGUCACCUCAUUUACUGAGGCUUAGAUUUAAUAUUUUCACUUUCUGAAACAGGAAAUUAGGAAGCAGUGCAUUUGACUUAAAACUAUUUAGCAAUACUCAAAAUUACAAGUUAGUCCAACUCCAGCCUAAACUAGCAAUGACCAGUUUCAAAUCAUGCUGUGAUUAUAAAAAACACUUACAUUUUCAGUUUCAUGGUUUAAACUGAUUUUCCCAGAGACCCUGUGGGUUUUCUCUCAUUGCAUACAUUCAUUAUAUUUUCAUUUAAAAACAUAUGUUGGUUCUUUAUCAUCUUUAAACAAAGUUAAUAUGAGCCAUCAUGACAGGUCCAAAGAGCCACUUGUGGCGCCAGAGCCGCAGGUUGCAGACCCCUGGCGUGUGGUUGAUUGUACCGGAGGAAAACAUUCAGUGAAAAUCUUUCAUAAUGGAUAAACAGUGAGUUAAUACAGAGUGAAUCAGACGUGGAGUUUAUGAGUGAAAUAUUUAUGUGUGAGAAAAGCAGCUUGUGGAAAAAAUAUUCUCGUAAUUUUAGCAGACAUGUAAUAGAACCCAGAAUAUCUUUAGGAUGUAAGAAACAUCUUUAGUUGUGCUUUUAUUCUACUUCAUUAUGAUGAUUUUUAGCCUCUCUCCACAGGAAUGGUGUAGUUUCCCAUGAAGGAUUGUCAUUUGAUACUGUGGCUUUGUGACAAAGGGAAGGUCUCACAAUCAUUCGCUUUCUGUUUGUCUCCUGCUCACCUUACAAACCUCCAAUGAUCUCACUGAGCAGUGAUGAAAGUUUAAUUCAGUCGCAUCCGAAGUUGACCAGGUGAGCCAUUCUGUUGCCUUGUGUGUACAAAUGUACAGUCCUCCUCAAUUUGUUCAAAUCUUAUUUUAAAUGUUUGAAAAAUGACCAACAGAAACAUCUUUCCUUAAAUAAAUGUUCUGAAAAUCA